AACUGGCGACGGAGUAAACGAUUCCCCCGCUCUAAAGAAGGCAAGGUGAUCAGCCCUUCCGGUUCACAAGAUAUUGACUUUUUGUUCCAGGCUGAUUUGGGUAUUGCCAUGAAUAUGUCUGGGUCCGAUGUAUCAAAGGAAGCUGCGAAUAUGAUUCUCCUCGGCAAGUGA